AUGGACGCCCCAGCUCUUCCGCGUCGUAGCGACUCUCGGCAAUCCUCACGGUCGCAGUCGCAAUCGCAGUCGCAUGCUUCCUCUAAGCCGCUUCAUCCGGCGUCUCAUACACGCGUCGGGUCAUCGUCGGCACGGGCGUCGAGCGUCGUGUCCGGCUCGUACGCCUCGGCCUCGACGACGCUGUUUCCCAAGACGCCCAAGUCCUCGGCUGCCAAGUACGGAGGACUAGGAGAGAAAGAGUUGCAGCAGGUAAGCGCCGUAGCCCUGCGCCAUGGGCCUACACGCCCUCGUUGAAAUCAACAAACAUGACGACCGACCUCCUCGCGCUCGCGUCGUGUCCUCUUAGAUCACAAGCAGCAUCCGCACGGCCGUCAAGACGACGGGAUCGUACAAGAAUAGAACCAUGCCUGUACCGGAAGAGUUCGAUGCCUCGCUUGCGCAGGAUCCGAUACGAGGUUCGUGUUGGACCAGCUCGCUUCAUUUCUGCCCCCCCCUCUCGUUCCAGCGUCUCACUGAUCCACUGUCCUCAAAUGAUCACUUGGCGUAACCUCUGGACAAAUAUGCUCAGAUCCAACACCUUCGGGAUCGUUCGUCGCCGAGACCUCGUUCAGUCGAGCGCCUCUCAACUCGCGCCUCCCUCCCAUGUCCCCCCACCGCGUCGCCCUCGCCUCCGCUUCUCGGCGCAAGAGCUCCAAGACAACGACGACAGGUGCCAAACGGCAUUCUUCCACCGUAGCAAGAGAAACAAUUGAGUCAAUUGCGCCACCCGCUACCGCGGUUUACUCGGACGAAGAUAGUCUCAAUGAGGACAGCGAGGGGCUCGACGAGUUCGAACCGGCCGAUGAGCUCGAAACGAGGCAACGCGAAGGACUCGAUCCGGAACCGCUGCAGGGCCUUAGUCCCGAGCUGCAAGAGGCUCUGAUAGUCGAGGACCUAUUUUUCGUGCUCACGGUGGGUCCGACAAGACAAGAUUCCUUCGUCCUUUGGUUCACCUGGCUGAUGUCUUAUUGUCUUUGCUUACAGGGUAUCGAGGGUCAGUACAUCGAGUACGAUCCGACGUAUACCCCCGAAGAUGAGUUCGAGCGACUCUAUGGUUCUAGAUUUGUGGUGGCGCCGUCUUUGGGUAUGUACUCGGACCGUUGAAAUAAGUAUCAACUCGCGCUCCGAUCUGAUCUUGCGCACGUACCUUUCAGAGCCGUGGAUGGCAGCAACGGUGACGCGGUUCCUCGAUAUCGCCAAGCACUACACAUCCAUACACGCCUUUAUUGAGCAGUAUUCUAUUCUCGAGUACGGCGUCAUCAACCAUGCGCUCUGUGCUGCCAUUCGCGAAAUGCUCAAGGUAAAAGCAUUGCUGCUCGAUGGCUUGCGACCAGGUUUUAUCGGCUAACGAACAUCCCCCUCCACUUCCGUCUGCAGGAGUACCUCAUCCUCCUGGCUCAGCUCGAGCACCAGUUCCUCAACUCGCCCGGAUUCACUCUACAACGCUUUUGGUUCUACCUCCACCCGACCCUUCACACCCUUUCCCUCAUCAACUCGCUCACACUCGACCUCGUCGCGCUCAGCAUCCCGCCGGAAGAAGUCUCGUCCUCGGAGGAAAGCGGUGACUCGGACAGCUUCGUCGGUAAUGCUGCUUUGCGCGACGUGCUCGCCGAUAUGGAAGGUGCGGUCAAGUCGGCUGCGAAAGCGGAUCGAGCGAGUCGAGGCGAAGGCAUCGCCAAAGGCGGCGAAGUGCUCUUUGUGCUCUCGGAGAAACUCGAUCGAACUGCGGGGGACCCUGCGGCGAGGGAACUUUAUACGACGUUGCUUUUGCGUGCUAGCCAACCGUACGCGACGAUCUUGCUCGGGUGGAUCAGUACCGGCCACCUCUCGGACCCGUGGGACGAGUUCAUCGUGCGUGAGGACAAGAAGCAAACGCGCGAAUCGAUCGAAACGGACUUCACGAACGAUUAUUGGGAGAAGCGCUACAAGUUGCGCGACAACCUCAGCUCGGAUGGACCUGCCGAACCGGUUGUGAAUAGGAAUGUCCCGCCGAGGGAAAGGGGCUUGAGUGGAGGGCAGAUCGUGCCGAGGUUCUUGGAGCCGUGGAAGGAUAAGGUCUUGCUGGCGGGCAAGUACUUGAAUGUGUUGAGAGAGUGUGGGAUCGACAUCGAGUCCGCGAGUGGGGAUUGGGCUAAAGGGCAAUUGUUGGCGCUCAAUGAUGAGAGGUCAGUCGCGAUCGUCACGACAAGUCCGGUCAGGGCCCCCUUUUUCUUGCUCUCUUCUGACUCGAUCACGAGGAUGGCCGUCCACAGCUUCUUCAGACGCAUCGACGAGGCGUACACGUACGCGAACAAGGCUCUGCUGAAGCUCUUGCUCGAACAGGAACACCUCUUGACGCGACUACGAUCGCUCAAGCAGUACUUCUUCAUCGACCACGGCGACGCCUUUACCCAUUUCCUCGACCUUGCGAGUCUCGAAUUGCACAAAUCGCGGCAUUCGGCCUCGGAUGAGAAGUUGCAGUCUUUGUUUGAGCUCGCAUUGCGGAACCCUUGUUCGGCUUCGGCGGCGGAUCCGUUCAAAGAUGACUUGAUCGUCGUGUUGGCGAAGAAGACGUUGACGGAGAUGCUGGUCAAGAUUUUAAAGGAGGAUGGGAAGUUGGUUGAUGCUUCGGAGGGGAAGAAGAAUGCGAGGGACAAGGAAGAGGAUAAGAAGGACAAGAACUUUUUGGGUGAAUUCUCAGGACCGCAGUCGGCGAUCGUAGACGACUUUGCUGACUCUACCCAUCUCACAGCCCACCAAGCGGUCACGCUCGAGUACCACGCCAAGUUCCCUCUCUCACUCGUCAUCUCGCGCAACACGAUCACGCACUACCAAUUCCUAUUCCGUCACCUGCUCCAACUCAAGCACACCGAACGCGUCCUCGCGGAGAUGUGGACCGAGCUCGCCAAAUCCUCGUCCUGGCGCGUUCGCUCUCCCUAUCCCGAACUCGAACAAUGGAAACAGCGGGUAUUCGGUCUGCGCGCGCGCAUGUUCGCGUUCGUACAGCAGAUGUACUCGUUCACCGUUAGCGAGGUGUUGGAUGUCAAUUGGGCCGUGUUGGAGAGGAAGUUGGCCAAGGUCGAGACGGUGGAUCAGUUGUUGAGCGAUCAUGUCGAUUUCUUGGCGACUUGCUUGAAGGAGUGCUCGAUGACGAAUGAGAAGCUGCUGGUGGUGAGUUUCCGAGGACGCUUUCGGAUGGGGAAUCGUGAUCGAUUUGCAGCUUGGCUGAUCUUGUCGAACGAUCGGGGCCAUCCACUUUGUUCUGCUCAGAUUCAUUCCAAGUUGCUCGAAGUGUGCACGCGCUUCCCUCCUUACGUCGCCAAGUUCACCGACGCGAUCGAGAUGUCGCUCGCUUCGGCCGAACGUCACAGCAAGGAUUGGUCCCAAGUCGGCUUCAAGAAACAAUGGGAUACGCUCGCUUCGUGAGUGAUCCGAAAACGGACGAGCUGGGCAGAGGGAAUCUCGCACUCAUCUCUUUCGGAUGGAUUGAUGCGAUGGCUACUCACAGGUUUGAACAGCACUUCAAUCAUCACACCAAGGCGAAUCUCGAUCGGUUGUCGUUCCACGCGACCAAGGAGAACCCGGCGUUGUUGCCUUUGGUAGUCAGAUUGAGUAAUCUCAAGGUGCCGAGUUUGCCGGUGUGA